AUGUCCGCCCCAAAGUCGGAUUUCGAGUUUUUUGAGCUCUUCCCAGGCUCUCCCCCUGAUCUGAUUAUCGCAGCGGCGAGGACUAUAUGCGAUGCUUUCUCCAACGAUCCACUGAUUACGUGGCUCCGUCCAGACAGGAACGGCUGGUGCUCGACAGACCCCAAAGUCCUGACCUGGCAGGUACGCAGGGUUCGUCAAAACAUGGUAGAUGGGCGAGUCUUUGCCUUGAGAAACAGAUCAGAAGAGGCGGAAAAGGGCAAACCACUUGUGCUCGCUGCUGUUGCGUUCGUGAUGGAGCCGUUUACCUUCAAGCAUUGGUUGCUGCGACUAGUUCCGCGAUUUCGAUUAUGGGUGUCGAAUAUUACCAAGCCUGUUCAUGAUGGCUCCGACGACGAGCGCACGACACACAUGCUAGUCAUACAUGACAGCAUGCUCGAGUGUAUGGAAAAGAGAUUCCGCCAACCUGUCACAUAUAUCGAGGUAAUUGCUGUCGACCCUGCCCUGCAGGGCAAGGGUGUGGGCUCCAUGGUUGUUCAGGAAAUUCUGGCGCUGGCGCCGGCGCGAGUUCCCGUCGUCCUUGAGUCCACCAGCCGGAGAAGCGUACCGUUCUAUCAGCGGUUUGGCUUCAAAGAGAUAGGCAGCGCCGUACUCACGCCUCAGCGUGCUAUGUCUGCGCCCGACGAAUGUACGCUUUGGUUCAUGGCCAAGGACUGA